CCGGAGCGGAGGCUCCUGGUCGCUAGGUUGUGCCGAGGUAACAGGAGCCGGAAAGAGCUAGAAGAGGUGUUGUCCCCACGGCACAGGAGGAGAUCUGAGAUUUGGUGUGAGCGUGGCCCGGGUGACCUCCUCCUGGGACCUCCUCCUGGGCCCGGGUGUCCGCCGUUAUCACACGCGUCUCCCGGCAGCCUGGCGCCCAGAGGGUCCUACAGCGACAAACGCGCUAAAGGACCCGGCCCAGGUGACCAUUGCGUUCCCCAGAUCCUGACCCAAAUCGUAAAGCCCCCGAUGAGAGCCUGCUGCUCAGGUCGCUGCAGUUCAGGCCCCCGUCUCCAGAACAGUGGGGGUUCAGGGGUGGGGUCCCCAUUUCUGAAAGGCAGGGUGAUGAAGUGUGGAAGAGUGUGAAAGGCCGUGGGAGCAGCGCGUGCAAAGCCUUGGAGGUUCCCAUGGUAGCAGCAGCAUUUAUGGAGCCUUCACAGGGCCAUGUGACUUUUGAGGAUGUGGCUGUGUUCUUCUCCCAAGAGGAGUGGGGUCUCCUUGAUGAUGCCCAGAGAUGCCUGUACCGAGAUGUAAUGCUGGAGAACUGGUCACUUAUAGUCUCCCUGGGUUGUUGGCAUGGAGUAAAAGCUGAGGAGGCCCCUUCUGAGGAAGGUACUUCUGUGGAAAGAGUGUCACAAACCAAGACUCCAAAGGCAGUCCCUUCUGUCUCGAAGACUCAUUCCUGCGAUAUGUGUGUCCUGGUGGAGCAAGAUGUUUUGUACCUGGCUGAGCACCAAUGCGUGCAACCUAGGCUGAAAGCAUACACUUUUGGGGUUUGUAGAGAAUCAUUCUCAUUCAGUUCAUACCUAUACCAGCAGCAGAAGCAGCACAGUGGAGAGAAAUGCAUCAGGAGGGAGGAGAACAGGCCCCCACCUGUAGAGAGCUGCAAAAUCCUUGUGUCAGACAAUAUCAUCACAUGUGGAGAGCUUGAGAAGGAUUUCUUGGGUAACUUGGACUUUCUCCAGCAGGACACCCAGAGUGGAAAACAACCACCUAGAAGCAGGGAGAGCAGGGAGGCCUCUCACACUCAGCAAGGGAAUUACAAAUGCACUGAAUGUGGGCAAGACUUCACUGAAAAGAUUAAAUUCAUGGAACACCAGAGAGUUCACACUAGAGAGAGGCCUUAUGAGUGCAGUGAAUGUGGGAAAGCUUUCACCCGGAAACACCAUCUCAUUGGGCACCAGAGAAUCCACACUGGAGAAAGGCCUUAUGAAUGUAACGAAUGUGGGAGGUUGUUUACAGGUAGCUCUGACCUCAUUAAGCACCAGAGAGUCCACACUGGAGAAAGGCCUUAUGAGUGCAGUCACUGCAGAAGGUCAUUCAUGUACAAAAAGAUACUCAUUGAGCACCAGAGAAUCCACACUGGAGAAAAGCCUUAUGAGUGUGGGAAAUGUGGAAGGUUGUUUUCACACAGGUCUACCUUCGUUAUACAUCAGAAAGUUCACACUGGAGAAAGGCCUUAUGAGUGCAGUCAAUGCAGAAAGUCCUUCAUGUACAAAAAAAUACUUAUUGAGCACCAGAGAAUCCAUACUGGAGAAAAGCCUUAUGAGUGUGGCAAGUGUGGAAGGUUGUUUUCACACAGGUCUGUCUUCAUCGUACAUCAGAGAAUCCAUACUGGAGCAAAGCCUUAUGAGUGCAGUGAAUGUGGGAAAGCCUUCAACCGGAAAGAUUAUCUUCCUGAGCACCAGAGAAUCCACACUGGAGAAAAGCCUUAUGAGUGUAAUGAAUGUGGGAGGUUGUUUACACGCAGCUCUGAGCGCAUUAAGCAUCAGAAACUCCACACUGGAGAAAGGCCUUGUCAGUGCAGUCAAUGUGGAAAGUCCUUCACCUGCAAAAAAAUACUUCUUGAGCACCAGAGAAUCCACACUGGAGAAAAUCUCUAUGAGUGUAGCAAAUGUGGAAGGUUAUUUUCACACAGGUCUGCCUUCAUUAUACAUCAGAAAGUUCACACUGGAGAAAAGCCUUAUGAGUGCAGUGAAUGUGGGAAAGCCUUCAUCCACAAAUAUCGUUUUGUUGAGCACCAGAGAAUCCACACUGGAGAAAAGCCUUAUGAGUGUAACGAAUGUGGGAGAUGGUUUACACGCAGCACUGCCCUCAAAAACCACCAGAAAGUUCACACUGGAUAAGGACAUUAUGAGUGUAGUCAAUGGGGAAAGUCCUUCACCUACAAAAAAAUACUUUUCAUUCACUGGAGAAUCCACACUGCAGGAAAGCCUUAUGAGUGUAAUGGAUGUGGCAAGUUGUUUAGACUCAGCUGUCACCUCUUUAAGCACCAGAAAAGUCACACUGGAGAGAGGCAUUGUCAGUGCUGUGAAUGUAGGAAAGCCUUCAUCCAGAAACAUCAUCUUGAGUACCGGAGCCUCCACACUGGAGAAAAGCCUUAUGAAUGUAAUGAAUGUGGAAAGCCUUCAGCUGCAAGAAUAGACUUGGAAGUCCACACUUAAGAAACAUGUUAUAAAUGCAGUGAGUGUGUAAAGACCUUCGUCUACAAAGAAAAUCUUUUAGAGCACCAGAGAAUGCACACAGGAGAAUGAGCUUAUGAGUGUAAUGAAUGGGAGAAAACCUUCAGUCACGAGGAUGGACUUGUUCAGCACCAAAAAGUCCACACUGAGGAGAAGACUUAUUUGUACAGCAAAUAUGCAGAAACUUUCAGUGAAAGAUUUCCUCUCAUCGCCCACCAGAAUGUUCAUACUAGAAAGAAUCCUUAGCCGUUAUCUGAAUAUGCUAUCACCUAGUUUAACAUAAAAACACACCAGAGUGUAGGCUUUAUAUGGGAUUGAUCAGUCAGAAUUUGAAACUUAUACUUCUGAGGAUCCCCAAUUCACUAUCAGUACCAGAUGCUUGUGAAUUUUUCUGUAACUACAUUGACUUUUUAAACUGCAGAGCACCUGUGGCAGAAGGUAGCUCAUCACUACCAUGUCUCCUGUCCCCAUAGUGUCCAUCAGUCA